CCACCACCCUGCUUGCCGCCGGCUCGUGAUCAGCGACCCACGCUCGUACUGGAUCUUGACGAAACCCUGGUGCACAGCCAGCUGCGGCCCUCACCUCUAAGUACCCACCAGCAAAUCAUCAAUUACGAAAAUCGCACACUGGUUGUGCACGUCCAUGUGCGACCCUUUGCUCGCAAGUUUCUUCAACACGUCGCUGAGUUGUUCGAAGUGAUUGUCUUUACGGCCUCGCAAGAAAUCUAUGCUGGCGACCUUUUAGAUUGGCUCGAUCCAGAAGGCCACAUCCAGCAUCGGCUUUAUCGUCAACACUGCCAGUGUUUGGAUAAUACUUAUGUCAAGGACUUGCGCUGUCUCGGCCGGCCGUUGGAACGAACGAUCAUUGUCGACAACAACCCGCUGGCUUUUGCGCUCCAGGUGGAGAAUGGCCUGCCCGUUUCGUCGUGGUAUGACGACCCCGAGGACAGUGAACUGCUCGGCGUUUUGCGGGUGCUGAGAAGGUUGGCU